GUGCAUCGCGCGCAGGCCCGCUCCAGCCCCGACAUCGAUGGCAUCGGCCAUGACAUUUACAAGACCUUCCUGCCGGAACUGCUGCCUGCGCUGCACGCUGCCUUCGCCGUAUGUUGGAAGCACGGCAAAGUGCCGGCUCUGUGGAAGGUUGGCACGGUGCAGCUAAUCUACAAGAAGGGCGACCCAGAGAGCCCCGGCAACUGGAGACCUAUAUGUCUACAGGCGUGCAUCUACAAACUCUACUCCGACAUUCUG